CCAUGACUGACACGGUGAUGAGCAGUAGCUCGGAUCGCUGGGCGCCCAACGACAGGCAGAGAACCAUGCACGCUAGUGAUAAAGAACAGGGCAAUUGGACCAUGCAGUCAGGCCCGGCUCCUGGUUCUACUCCAGAUCUGACGGAUGAAGAAAAAGAAAUUAUAAAUGGUGUGAUUGCACGAGCUGAGAAAAUGGAGGCCAUGGAGCAAGAGAGGAUUGGGCGCUUAAUAAACCGCCUGGAUGACAUGAAGAAGACUGUGUGUGGGGAUGGACUGUCUCGCUGUGUGCUGUGUGGGGAGCAGCUGGGUACACCCGGGGUCAGCUCGGUGGUGUGUGAGGACUGCAAAAAGAACAUGUGUACUAAGUGCGGUACCCAGUGCGGCAGCAGGCCCCGUGCUGUGUGGCUGUGCAAAAUCUGCAGAGAACAGCGAGAGGUGUGGAAACGGUCUGGUGCCUGGUUCUUUAAAGGAUUCCCCAAACAAGUCCUUCCUUCACCCAUGCCAUUAUCUAAACCAAAAGAGCAGCCUGCCCAGGAAAUAGACUCCAAACCCAGAGAGGAGGCAACUCAGCAUCAACAACCUGGAGCAGAGCUCAAAGGCCGUGGUGGUUACCCACCUGUGGCCCCUAAGCCAUCAGUUGUGCGCAUGGCCACAGGCAGUGCUGGCCCUGAAGAAGCAGAGCAGGGAAGCCCGGUUGUGAUGAAGAGGAUGGUGCCCGUUCAGAGCUCCAGACCGCAGCCCGUUGUGACGCCAUCUGUGGCUCCACAGGGUCAGGUGGGACGUGAAGGAGGUGCUUACUCUUCUGGUGCAGUCCCUUCAGAGCAAAGAGCACCUCCUGCAGUACGAGAGGACAGAAGACAGCCUGCCGCUUACACUGCUCCUCCUGCCCGACAUCAACCUCCCCCCGCGGCGGAGGAAGAGGAGGCCAACGACUAUGAUUCCGAUGAAGCCACCACUCUGGGCUCUCUGGAGUUCAGUCUGAUGUAUGACCAGGAAAGCAACAGCCUUCAUUGUAGCAUUCUCAAGGCAAAGGGCUUGAAACCAAUGGAUUCCAAUGGACUGGCUGAUCCUUAUGUCAAGCUUCAUUUGCUGCCAGGAGCUAGCAAGUCAACAAAGCUGCGCACAAAGACCUUGAGGAACACCCGCAACCCUGCGUGGAAUGAGACUCUCACUUAUCACGGCCUGACGGAUGAUGACAUGCAGCGCAAGACCCUCAGGUUGUCUGUCUGUGAUGAGGACAAGUUUGGCCACAAUGAGUUCAUCGGUGAGACCCGAGUGGCGCUGAAGAAACUGAAGAUGAACCAAAAGAAGAAUUUUAACGUGUGUCUGGAGAGAGUUGUUCCAACAAAGAGAACAGCGACAGCCGGUGGAGCACGAGGCAUUGCUCUUUAUGAAGAUGAGUCUGCAAAAGAUGGCGGAGAGGUAGAGGAACGUGGUCGCAUUCUUAUCUCCCUCAUGUACAGCACCCAGCUGAACCGCCUCCUUGUGGGUGUCGUGCGCUGUGUUCAUUUGGCUGCCAUGGAUGCUAAUGGAUAUUCCGACCCCUAUGUCAAAAUAGUUCUGAAACCUGACAUGGGCAAGAAGGGCAAGUGCAAAACUCAGAUCAAGAAAAGGACUUUAAACCCAGAGUUUAAUGAGGAAUUCAGCUUUGAUAUUAAACACAGUGAACUGGCUAAGAAGACUUUAGAUGUCUCUGUGUGGGAUUAUGAUAUCGGGAAGUCCAAUGACUACAUUGGUGGUUGUCAGCUGGGCAUUACCGCCAAAGGAGAAAGGCUAAAACACUGGUAUGAGUGUUUGAAGAACAAAGACAAGAGGAUUGAGCGCUGGCACACCUUGAUGAAUGAGAAUCACACCGCUAGUGAUUAACUAUCUGUUACAAAUAGCAUGAGCUAGAAGGUCUGCAUUUCCUUCUCUGUGCAUCUUUUAUGUAUUCCUUGUUUUGUUCAGCAUUAUUUAACCACCUGACACAUGUACUGCUCUCGUGCCUCCUGUUUUUUUUCCCUUUCUCCCCCUGUGCUGGCUUGAGCCACUUCUGAGAGAUGCACUAUAUAGAUAAAAGUGACCAUUUAUCAAUCGAUUCAUUAAUCAAUCAGGAGUUGCCCUUAUUAUCUCAUAUGACCUUUCAGACAAUUCUAUAAUUCCAAUUUUGUGAGAAGAGAUGCAGAAAUAACAUUUUCUGUUCCAGCAUGAGUUUUUGGAUUGAAUGAGUUUUGUGUUGACUAACAUGCACAAAACCCCAACCUUGAUCCCAUCAAACUAGAGAUAACAAUCCAUCACAUUAGUGAUUUCUGUUCUUUUGGAGGAAUGGACAAAAAAAAAAAAAGAAUAAAAUAAAAUCGCACUGGCACACUCCAAUCUUACCAGAACACUGGACGCUUUAAAGGAUGCACCAAUUCUAUUUUAAUUUUGACUUUUUCUAUAGCGUGUGCCAUGGUUAGCAUUAAAGCUGCUUAUUUCUUAAAAACAAACUCCAGGGUAAAGAUAAUAAAUAAUAAUAAAUAAAAGAAAAAGCUCAGUCCACGCUUGUGGGCUUUGUACCCUCCCAAAAUGUAUUUGCUGGAGUCAAGCGCAUGUUAAAUAAACAGGUGUCGCUUACUCAAAAGUAUAUGUUCUAAAAGCCAACCAAAAGCACUGCAAAUUAAGCUUUGUCAUUCAAAAAAGUCUGUUUUCGGUGACCUACAAGGAUGAAAUUAUAGAUUUAAAAAAAUACUUGUUUGUGUGGACUUAGUCUGCAAUGUCAUUUAUAUAUCCAAGACAUGUAGACAAACAGUUGCACAAUUGUACAGUGGUAUUGCUGAGUCUAAGACAUUGGUUGCUUCUAAUGUAGGUGUUGAAAAAGAAAAGCAAUAUGUUGUAGCAGCAGAGGUCACAAUCAUUACUGAGGAACCUAAAAGCAAAGAGCUUGCGCCUAAACAUUCACCACAAUGUCUAGCGUGUUAGUUUUGCUAUCUUGUGUGACAUUGUCACACCAGAGUAUAUAACACUUGAAUUAUACGAGCAUGCCAAACGACUGACGUGUAGGAAAACACUGAACAUAAUGUAUAUAACCAUGAAGAAAUGUUUACAUACUGAUACAUUGCUCAGGUUAGGAUAGAAAUGACAUAGAUGACUCAUGAGUCUUUGGAUCCACCAAUUGAUGUUAAUUUGUGAUUUGAUAAGAGCACACCAAGGUAAAUAUUAUUAGGUGUACGUAUGUGUGGUUAUUUAAUCUGUGAAAUUUCAGUUUGUGGUUGUUGACACUCAGACAGGUUUUCUAUGUCAAGUUUUACACGGAAUGCACCCGGUGAGCGUUCACUUCUUUAAGGAUUAGGACGAAAAGGUCGAAUUGUUUUUGUCGUGUGUGCAGCCUUACCUGCAUGCACUGUGCUUGUGACUCUCAUGUGCCUGCGGCAGUAGUGGCCCACUCUUACCCCAACACACCAUUUGCACAAAGCAGGGUUAUUCUGCUACUCCCUCUCAAUUCAUGGCUUUGGCGUGUAUUCUAUAAUCACAGCAAACCAAGCAAAGCACACCUUACAAAGUGGAAUGACCUCAAUUUAUACAGCUGUUUGCAAGUUAUUCCAAGUACAACGACAGAAAAUUCUAUGCAUGAAGUUUAUUGUGGUACAAAAUAUAUACAGUAUACAAAUCGAUAUAGAGAUAUGUAUACAGUAUGUACAGUAUAUAAAUUUGUGUGUGUAUAUACAUAUGUAUAUAUAUAUAUAUAUACUAUAUAUAUAUAUAUACACACACAUACAAAUAAUAAUUCUAUUAAUGUUUACAUAUCUUUCCUUAUAGUUGAUAUUCAAGAGGCCAUGUUCUGCAUGAUUAUAGCAUAAUUUCAAAAAACUGCUAAAUUGAUUUGAUAAGCAUAUAAUCACAUGGCUCUUAACAGGUAGCAGCUGCAGAUUUAAGAGAGCCGUGUCUUUCAUCACUGUCUUGUUGUCUCUGCACAACAUCCCUGCCCCCUGUGGCAGUGUGUAAAGUACCUGCCAGUAGCAUCUUGUAUAUGAUUUUAUUUUGUGCUGCUUUGGCCAUCGUGGUCAUUACAAGAGAUCGACGCGAAUCAUGUUUGAUUGUUCGCUUUAAAACAGGAAACUCUCAGAGCAUUCUGCCAAUCUUGAUCUCUGUUGUAAAUAGAAUAGUGCAUGCAGUGGGUACUUGUAUGUUUGCACACAAUGUUGCAUGUAAAGAUUUUGCAGAGGUAACACAGGUCAAUA